AGCGCCGAAGGUCUCCUUCCCUGUGCCCCAAGGAAGGCCCCUGCUCUUCCCAGACCCAGCUCCCGCCAUGUCUGCCUCUGCGGUCUUCAUUCUGGACAUGAAGGGGAAGCCCCUGAUCUGCCGGAACUACAAGGGGGAUGUGAGCAUGACCGAGAUUGACCACUUCAUGCCCCUGCUGAUGCAGAAGGAAGAAGAGGGAGCCCUGACCCCACUGCUGACCCAUGGCAGGGUGCACUUCCUGUGGAUCAAAUAUAGCAACCUUUACUUGGUGGCCACCACCCUCAAGAAUGCCAAUGCCUCUCUGGUGUACUCCUUUCUCUACAAGGCUGUUGAGGUAUUCUCUGAGUAUUUUAAGGAGCUAGAAGAAGAGAGCAUCCGGGACAAUUUCGUCAUUGUCUACGAGCUAUUGGAUGAGCUCAUGGAUUUUGGCUUUCCACAAACCACAGACAGCAAAAUUCUCCAAGAGUAUAUCACCCAGCAGGGCAACAAAUUAGAGACAGGCAAGUCCCGGGUGCCCCCAACAGUUACCAAUGCUGUGUCUUGGCGUUCAGAGGGUAUCAAAUAUAAGAAGAAUGAGGUUUUCAUUGAUGUUAUUGAGUCUGUCAACCUACUGGUCAAUGCCAAUGGGAGUGUGCUGCUGAGUGAGAUUGUGGGCACCAUUAAACUGAAGGUGUUCUUGUCUGGCAUGCCAGAGCUGAGAUUGGGACUCAAUGACCGGGUACUUUUUGAACUCACUGGCCUUUCAGGCAAUAAAAACAAGUCUGUUGAAUUGGAAGAUGUUAAGUUCCAUCAGUGUGUACGACUCUCUAGAUUUGACAAUGAUCGAACCAUCUCCUUCAUCCCACCUGAUGGUGACUUUGAACUUAUGUCCUAUCGGCUCAAUACCCAGGUAAAACCACUGAUAUGGAUUGAGUCUGUCAUUGAAAAGUUCUCACACAGUCGGGUAGAAAUUAUGGUUAAGGCUAAAGGCCAGUUUAAGAAGCAGUCAGUGGCCAACAGUGUGGAGAUCGCAGUCCCAGUGCCCAGUGAUGCAGAUUCCCCCCGAUUCAAAACCAGUGUGGGCAGCGCCAAGUACCUGCCUGAGAAAAAUGUGGUUAUCUGGAACAUCAAGUCCUUUCCGGGAGGAAAGGAAUACCUAAUGAGAGCACACUUUGGCUUGCCCAGCGUUGAGAAAGAGGAAGUGGAGGGCCGGCCUCCUAUCUCUGUCAAAUUUGAGAUUCCUUAUUUUACUGUCUCUGGGAUCCAGGUCCGGUACAUGAAGAUCAUUGAGAAGAGUGGGUACCAAGCUCUUCCUUGGGUUCGAUAUAUCACCCAGAGUGGGGAUUAUCAACUUCGUACCAGCUAGAAAAGAAGUAGAUGUUGGAGCAGUGGAGGCCAGCACCUUAGCCUGUGGACCCUCUCACUCAAAGAUUUUUCAAGUGUAUAUGUUUGUGAGAAUGAAUGGCCCCUGUUCUUAUGUGUUUGAGAAGCAUCUCAUUUGUGUCUGUGAAUAGGAGGCAACCCUGUUUUUGUGUUUAGGGGGCAGCUUUUGCCUUUACAUGUUUGAGGGGCAACCAUGGUCCCUGUUUAUAAAGUCUGCCUUGUCUGUAUUUGGGGGAAUGGGGUGGGCAUUCAUGGCCACAGUCUGUGAGUCUCAGCCCCUUCAUCGUCCUCACUCCUGAUGUGGGGGCCUGAGCCUGGAAGCAAACUUAAGUACCUGGAGCCCCUUCUCCUGACUAUCUCAGGUGGAAUUUUCCCUUACUGGGACAAGGAUCUGCCUAGAGGUCUUUCCUUCCUAUUUUUAUAUGAAGUCCAAGAUGGGGGAAUUGAUUUGCUCCCACCCUCUCCUCCCACUGCCUCAGUGCCUUGUCAGAAAAGUCAGCUUUGCCUUGGUCCCCUUGCAUCUUCCACCCUUCUGUAUUCUGAGAGUAGGUUCAGCCAUGCCUUGCCUGAGCUUCUGUUUCCCCUCCUUCUAGUUUUAGGAUUUAAGAUUAAAGAAAGUUGAGACCUGA